GACAAAACAACACCGAGUUCUCGGAGGCGAAAAAAGGUGGUGACGUUUGCAAGCAUGGCAGAGUUAGCUGAAAUACAAGCUCUCGCAGCAUGCGAAACCGAUUCACAGUGUUCAGAAAGCGGAAAAACACCUUCUCUCGACGAAACAACAUUGCAAGCACUGCAAGAUCCAAGACUAUUCUUGAAUAUGCCAUUAGAGGAUUAUGACGCCACAUGUGGUAAUGUGAGUACCGCUGUGCCUAAAUACUGCAGCAGGUUAUUAAUUGAGUUCAGUCACAAGGCACUCAGACAGUCUGACAUAUCGUUUACCAUUUCGCUUUGUUACCUUUCCCAAGCGCUUUUCCUGGAGGGUUAAACAUUACAUGGAAGGUUAAACAUUACUUCCUGUGCUUGUUUUUACUUUUCAAAGAAUUUAUCAGAGACGAUGUCUCAUGGGUAUAUAGUCCAAAAAAACCUUUAACAUGCUCCACAAUCACUAAAAGAAGGUUCUUUCAAAACUUGCGCAUUUUAUAUUAGCAUAUUCUAACUUCUGUGAAAAAUUUGGCAGAUUCGGUAUAGGAAAUUGAAGACAACGCCCGCAAAGUAUGCUUGUGUCUCAGGUUUUGUUCAUACUAUACCCGAUGGCAUUUCGCGCGACACAAUAAGCUAUCCAAUAUAGUAUGGAUCACCUAUCCAAUAUGUAACUCUCCACUUUUAAGAUCGGCGCGGCGCAGCUUCGCUCCGUUACAGAAAUCUCCCCGAAAUCACUGUUACGAGUGAACAAAAGCUCUAUCUGGUAUGGUUUUCGUGCCGGCGCAAACACUAUCCGAUAUAAUGUGAAUAUAGCCCACUAAACUCAAACUACAAGGCAACAUCAACGAAAAAAAGGCUAUAAAAAGUUACAGUUUCGAUCUGGGAAAAAACCGUUUUAUUUUUUCCUUUCUGUUUUUCCACUCCUUUUCUUUUUUGUGUGUAAUACCGUUGCUAGAACCCUUAUGUAACAUGUCUCUUUUUAGGUACCUGCCGAUGACACUUUCCUCGUUUUACGACAGCAUGGAACAAAUUCUCUUGCACAUCAAGUAUUUCGGUUUAAUAAAGCACGCUCGUUGUGGCUUUUUGGACCUCUACAACCUCUCCGACUGUGGGCCAUAAGUUUGGUUACUAAUCAGUAUCCUUUUGUUAGUUGUAUGAAAAUAGAGGGUAAAAUCUCCAAAUCAGUGUUAGCUCUUUUAUGAAUGCUCAAGCACAAUCAUUUUUUAUUAAUUUUUUUCAAAAAAAAACCGGAAGCAGUGAGGACAUGCAGUGAAACAUUCGCUUUUAAGUGCUACACCAAUUUCACCCAAAUGCAAGAAAAUUUCGAUAAAUCUUUAUUUCGCUGUAUGAGCAACAAAAUUUUCGCCCAGUUCAUCAAUAAAAAUCAUUUGCCUUGGUUGUCAAUGCCAUUUUAGAAAUCAAUUCUAUUAUAUCGCCGUCCUUAACCACAAUGCUUUUUCAGAUAUUUUGAGCUGCUUGUGAUUCUCGUCAUUCUUAUAAACUGCGUCUUUUUGGCUCUUAAACAUCCUCCUGAGGAAAUAGAGUAAGUCACUUUAUUGUGAAAUUUUCGUUUAUAAUGGGUUAAUAAAUAGUUUCAAAAACUGGCUUAGCAGUCACAUCUGCUGAAAAUAAUACUCCCGAAAAAGGUCAGUUUCUAUUUCUUUUGUGAAAUACCGUUUAGCGUCGUCCGGAGUAAAAUAUCGCCACACCGCAUCCCGCGUCCAAAAGCAAAAAUUGCUGCAACUUGUAGAACUGGUGAGCGUUAUGAUGUAACGAUUGUUCCCGACUAAGGGCACAAAACUCCUUUCAGAGGAGAAAGGCAGAAAAAUCCAUGAAGUGGUUAGCUCCAGAAGCACUACCUCCGGAUAACUGUGUACCACUGCUCCUGUACUUUAUAACGGGCCGCAAGAAACCUUUUCCAUGCAUAUAAAUAACAUAAAGUGACUUUAAACGGAGAAGACAGAGCUUAUUGAUCUCUUCUAUGCUUUGAAUAAUCCCUACCGUCAAUUUAAAGACGGAGACGAAGAAUUUUUUGCAGCAUUUCUUCAGUGCUUGAAGUCCUAUUUUCAUUGUUUACCAUUUUUUUUCAGAUACGUCUUUACGUCAAUUUAUACAACAGAGAUGCUCCUUAAGAUUGUAUCUCGUGGAUUUGUCCUUCAUUCGUACGCAUACCUUAGAGAUCCAUGGAACUGGCUGGAUUUCAUCGUCGUUGCUUUAGCGUACGUAGACUUAACAUGCCUUUAAACAAAAUCUAUCAUAAAGACGACAACUCUGCUUUCUUAAUGAAUUUCUCUCUUCAUAGAUACAUUACAAUGGCUCCAAACAUUGCAAACUUCACGGCCAUUAGAACAGUUCGAGUUCUGCGAGCACUUAGGACUAUAUCUGUCAUAUCAGGUAAGUUUAACAAAGUUUAGUGUUUGUUACCGAACGGAAAAGCUUUCUGACAGACAGACUCGCUGACUGACCCACCUACAAAGAAACUUUUUAGCGGAUGUGGGACCAGACUGUCUAUAGAAUGCCUCAUUUUCAAAUAAAACCACCAUCAACAAUUGAAAAUCUAGGUCAAGCUUCUCAGCCUAAACAAAGAAAAAAAGCAAAGGCAGCAAAGCAAACGAUUGUCGGGCUGCUGUUGCUUUUUAAUUCAUCUUGACUAAGUUAUAUUCUCUAGUUUAUUGUUGAGUUUAAAUUUUGCUCAACGUUUCUGAACCAAAUGGGUGAAAUAAACGGUAAUCUACACGACCUGCUAAAUUGAUUCAAAGCGUUAUACUUGAAGUUUAUACACAGGCCUGACAAAACUCUCAGUUAUAGACAGAACAGUGGUCUGUGAAAUGAAAGAAAAUUUUUUUUUGCAAACGUUCUUGCCUCUUAGGUCUCCGUGCGAUGGUAAACACGUUACUACGAUCUCUCAAGCUUCUGAGUGAUGUGCUGGUUUUGUUUCUCUUCUUUCUUGUUGUCAUGGCUCUCAUUGGACUGCAGCUUUUUGUAGGAGAAUUAAGGAGCAAGUGUGUGCUUAACGUACCCUCAAACUUGACUGUAGACUUAAUGGAAUACAUUCGGAAUGAAAGUAAGCACUUGAUCAUGUCAACACAGAGUGGUUUUCAGUUAGGUGUCAUUACAUUACGCUGCCAUUCAUAACAAACACACACAGUCAAAUAAAACAUUUUCCGAACGACAAGCUUGGUUAAACGCAUGCAAACCAGUCACUUAUAGGCUUCCUUUUUUUUGAUUGGCUGAAAAAGUGGUGUAAAAUUUUUAAGCCAGUCAUAAAGCCUAGCAAGGCAACACCAAAACAGCGUCAAAAUUACUCUCAACAUUGACAUAAAAAUGUCCAGUUUAUGUAAGACUGGUUAUCAAUUUUGGAUUAUCUUUCUCCAAAUGGACAAAUAGACUUAGCGGCAAUGCAUAAUUAAGCUUAAGAAAACUAACUUCUCUUUUAAGGUGUUUGGUAUUUGCGUCACGGUGAGGCAGUGAUAUGCGGUGCAAAAACAUUUUCGCCCAGUUCAUCAAUGAAAAAUCAUUAUCCUUGGUUGUCAAUACCAUUUUAGAGAUCAAUUUUAUUAUAUCGUCGUCCUUAACCACAAUGCUUUUUCAGAUAUUUUGAGCUGCUUGUGAUUAUCGUCAUUCUUAUAAAUUGCUUCUUUUUGGCUCUUAAACAUCCUCCUGAGGAAAUAGAGUAAGUUGCUUUAUUGUGAAAUUUUCGUUUAUAAUGGGGUAAUGAAUAGUUUCAAAAACUGGUUUAGCGGUCACAUCUGCUGGAAAUAAUACUCUGAAAAAGGUCAGUUUCUAUUUCUUUUGUUUAGCGUCGUCCAGAGUAAAAGAUCGCCACCGCACCCCGCGUCCUAAAGCAAAAAUUGCUGCAAUUGGACCGACAGAACGUAGACAUUUCUAGAACUGGUGAGCGUUAUGAUGUAACGAUUGUUCCCGACUAAGGUCACAAAAUUUCAUUUAGAGGAGAAAGGCAGAAAAAUCCAUGAAGUGGUUAGCUCCAGAAGUACCACCUCCAUAUAACUGUGUACCAUUGCUCCUGUACUUUAUAACGGGCCGCAAGAACAUAAAGUGACUUUAAACGGAGAAGACUGAGCUUAUUGAUCUCUUCUAUAAUGCUUUGAACAAUCCCUACCGUCAAUUUUCAGACAGAGACAAGAAUUUAUUGCAGCAGUUCUUCAGUGCUUGAACUCCUAUUUUCAUCGUUUAGCUUUUUUUUUCAGAUACGUAUUUACGUCAAUUUAUACAACAGAGAUGCUCCUUAAGAUUGUGUCUCGUGGAUUUGUCCUUCAUUCGUACGCAUACCUUAGAGAUCCAUGGAACUGGCUGGAUUUUAUCGUCGUUGCUUUAGCGUACGUAGACUUAACUUGCCUAUAAACAAAAUCUAUGAUAAAGACGACAACUUUUGAUUACUUAAUGAAUUUCUCUCUUCAAAGAUACAUUACGAUGGCUCCAAACAUUGCAAACUUCACGGCCAUUAGAACAGUUCGAGUUCUGCGAGCACUCAGGACUAUAUCUGUCAUAUCAGGUCAGUUUAACAAAGUUUAGUGUUUGUUACCUAACGAAAAAGCUUCCUGACAGACAGACUCACUGACUGACCCACCUACAAAGAAACUUUUUAGCGGAUGCGUGUCCAGACUGUCUAUAGAAUGCCCCAUUUUCAAACAAAACCACCAUCAAAAUGAUAAUCUAGGUCAAGCUGCUCAGCCUAAACAAAGAGAAAAGCAAAGGCAACAAAGUAAGCGAUUAUCGGAUCGUUGUUGCUUUUUAAUUCAUCUUGACUAAGUUAUAUUGUCUAGUUUAUUGUUGAUUUAAAAUUUUGUUGAAAACAUACUCAACGUUUCUGAACCAAAUGGGUAAAAUAAACGGUAAUCUACACGAGCUGCUAAAUUGCUUCAAAGCGUUAUACUUGAAGUUUAUACACAGGCCUGACAAACUCUCACUUAUAGAUAGAACAGUGGUCUGUGAAAUGAAAGAAAAUUUUUUUCGCGAACGUUCUUUCCUCUUAGGUCUCCGUGCGAUGGUAAACACGUUACUACGAUCCCUCAAGCUUCUGAGUGAUGUACUGGUUUUGUUUCUCUUCUUUCUUGUUGUCAUGGCUCUCAUUGGACUGCAGCUUUUUGUAGGAGAAUUAAGGAACAAGUGUGUUCUUAACGUGCCCUCAAACCUGACUGUAGACUUAGAGGAAUACAUUCGGAAUGAAAGUAAGCACUUGAUCAUGUCAACAUUGAGUGGUUUUCAAUUAGGUGUCAUUAGAUUACGCUGCCUUUCAUAACAAACACACACCAUCAAAUAAAACAUGCUCCGAGCAACAAGCUUGGUUAAACGCAUACAAACUACUUACAGGCUUCCUUUCUUUUGAUUGGCUGAAAAAGUUGUGCAAAAUUUUUUAGCCGGUCAUAAAGCUCACCAAGGCAACACCAAAGCAGCGUCAUAAUUACCCUCAACAUUGAAAUAAAAAUGUCCAGUUUAUGUAAGACUGGUUAUCAAUUUUGGAUUAUCUUUCACCAAAUGGACAAAUAGACUUAGCGGCAAUGCAUAAUUAAGCUUAAGAAAACUAACUUCUCUUUUAAGGUGUUUGGUAUUUGCGUCACGGUGAGGCAGUGAUAUGCGGAAACUCAUCUUGGGCUGGGUGAGUUAAAAGUCUACUUAGAGAGAUAAGUCGGUGUGAUAUCUUAUCUCUGAUCAAGAUUAUUAUGUAGUAAAUAUGCUAGCAAUAACCAUAGGUUACGGACUGCGGGCGACAACGAUCGAAGGUCAAAACGCUUUUGCUCUAUCGCUGUGCUUUGCGUAAGUUUCACGUGAGAGAUAGUCAAAACACGCGUGAUCAGAUUACUAGUGAUAGAAGGUCCAAACGCGCGGGAUCAAAUUGCGUUCUAUGCAUUCCAUUCAUUCUUAGUGGAAGUCCAAACGAAUGCUAGCUACAUACAUGCGACGCAUGCGUAAUAACAACCUGAAUAUUAGGAUUGCGGGCUCCUCUUGUCGCCCGCAAUAUCUGUAUGUAGCCAAGCUAAGCAAAUCCUUCACUGCAUUAGUUGAAUCAUUUCUCUCUCUGCAUAAAAUCUCGUCACACAAGGUUAUAAGAGAGAACCUCUUUGUACACCUCAAUGCGAUAAAUGUUAAUUAUUUCUUCAGGUCUUGUCCAGCUAAUUACACCUGUAUGGCUAACGCUGGACCCAACCCCGAUCAUGGCUUCACCAGCUUUGAUAACAUUGGAUGGGCUUUGUUGAUGGCCUUCCAAAUUCUCACUAUGGAUUACUGGGAAAACCUUUACAACAAGGUAACCAAACAGGCUCUAACUAGAUGUAUGUAUUUUUCUAUCACAUGAAUAGUAAUGACCUAAACAAUUUCGGCAAUAAGCAGGUCAUGGGUUAGUUUUAUGAAACAGUGAUCGUCGAUUUCUGUAGAUUGAUUAAACGGAAUGUAUGUCUGUCUUUCAUUACUGGCUUUAAAAAAUUUUUCAGCGGACCAGUGUUACUUUUAGCGCACUCACUUUUGGUUAUUAAUACCAAGGUUGUGAUGUUAUAUAUUAAACCAGUGUACAGCGCUUUUCGCCGAUUUCUUAUCCUUUAAAACUAAAACUAUAAUUUUUGGCCAGCUGCUUUACUGGCUUAGUGCUAAAACAAUCACUAACUCACUUUAUCAAUCCUCCACUUCAGUUCUGGAAUAAAUGCUCGCUGUCUAAUUCAUUAACCACAGGUAGUCAAGGCGCUUGGAGUGUGGUAUGUAUUCUACUUUGUCAUUACCAUUUUCUUCUGCUCCUUCUACCUCCUCAAUCUUGUCCUAGCUGUGGUAUAUAUGUCCUACGAAAAAGAAAUGGAAUCAAUUGAACAGGAGGUUAGUCAACGACGGCCGAAGUCGUUUUAUUUGUUAAUAAGGCUAAUAAGCAAGCACUAAACAGACCAUUGAAAGAGUAAAAAUGGUGAUUUUUUUUUAUUUAAACAUAUUUUUUUUGCUGGCGAAGUUUAUCCUAAGAGUAACAGAAACACACCGAGAGGGCUCACUUCGAAAUACCAUUGGAUUACAAUAAAUAGUAAUUGGUCAAAAGCAGCAGCAAAACAAAGAAAAUAUUUGAGGAAUGCUAACAGGUGGAAAGUACAUAUUUAUGUAUUUUCAUGAAAUCUCUUUGAUUGAGAUAUAACAGACUAGACACAAAUAUGCGUAUAUCACUCUUUCACUGUUGAAUUUUGUCAAUUUGCUACGACAAGGCUCAUCAGUUACUUGUUCAGAACAGAUGUUUAGAUCAUUCGUCAGAAUUUUUUUUCCAAGUACGUAGAAAUCGACGCCUUUACCUGACACCAGUUUUUAAAAGAAUUGUUGUUGCGAGUGAAUGUGUUUUUAUGUGUUUUAACCAAUCACAAAAAUGGAAAAAAAUGACGCCUACCCGAGUCGUUGUUUUUUAUUUGACCAACCACGAAGAUAACUAGAAGCUAUUUCAAAGAGUUGAGGAUUGUACAUGUUAGAGUAAUUUCAAGAUAUAGUACUUCCUCGCGUUUUAAUCCUCCUCGGGAAUGACCGAUAUUCUUAUACUAAGAACUAUUACUAACCUUCUCUGCCUUUGUGUUCCUUUACACAAUACAUUUGCGCUUUGCUUUCUUUUUCCAGGAGAGGCGAAAAGAGCUCAUGAAGAAAACCGCUGCCUCAUACACUGCAGACGCUGGCACCCUUAAGAAUCUCAGACCUUUGAGGAAGCCCCGUAAGACAAAAGAAGCGAUGGUUGAAGUAACACAAACUGCAUGCAUUGUUACUGACGUUCCUGAUAUUGAAAAUGGACAUAAACGUACUCAAAAAACGCUCGUUGAAAGAGUGUGUGAAUGUUUUCGUUAUGUGAACACAACAUGCGAGACCUGUUUGAGCAGGAUACCGUUCCUAAAGUCCCUUCGGAAACGCAUGCGCACUGUAGCCGAAUGUGCAGCUUUUGACGCGGUUAUUAUAGGAGUUAUAAUGCUGAACACCAUAGUGCUAGCACUUUAUCAUCAUGGAAUUGAAAUGAAGUUCGAGAAAGUUCUGGAUUUAUGCAACAUGGUAUGAAGAAUACUACUAAGUACUGCGUUAGCUGACCCACUUUUGUUUUAUCCAUAAUAGGUCGGGGGCCGUGAUAGAAAGUAGAUGAUAAUUUAAAAUAAUACAAGUAGAAAAAUCGAAGAAUUAAUAUAAAGUACUAAUUUAGCAGCUGCAGUGAUCCACAUAUAGGGCUUGGUAUUUGAGCAGAGGGGAAAAAACUCUCGGAGCCAGGAGCCAGGAAGAGAAUCAGCAACAAAUCAACCAACGUAUAGCCGUUAUGGCAUCGCCGACCUUGAGAUUCGAUCCCGGUCCACACUGGUGGGAAACCGAUUCCCUCACCACUGUCUUGCUAUUGUUCCCAGCAUUUGCAUACGUAGACUAUUUUUAUAUGAACCCGGUGGGAUUAUAUCACAUAACCCCUACAACAAUUGUCUAAAAGGCUCGGUGCUGGAAAAAGGAAGGAACACUGAGUGCCAGUGGACAGCUAGCUAUAAUGCGGAGUGAGACCGAUUGGGAGGUUAUGUAUUCAUAUGCAAAGAGAAUAGGUCAUAUAUCUACAUAUUAAUGUAAACCCCCUGGAUUUUAAUUUGUUAUCUAUGAAUAAGUUUUUGUUCAAGUGUUGUUUAACACGACGCUAUAACUCAGUAAAUAGUUUUUAAAGAGCAAAUUUAAACAAUGUUAGCCAUAAUCUUAAGCCAUGACUUCCUACGCAAACUUGCUUAGUCAGAGUAGAAUGACGUCAGGAGUUUUACUAAAAAUUCCAAACCUGCGUGUCGCUGUUAUUUCUUGGUAAACUAUUCCACUCUUUCGCCCAAUCAUCCUAAGCUCGUCUACUCCAGGACAGGUUGACUUCUUUGCAUUUUGUGGCGUUCGUGCCUCAUUUCCACUUGGAAAGUCGUUGUCUUUAACAGCAAAGAUACCUCGCCAAAAUGGUCCUUCUGUUAAAAUAUAUCAAAAGAUGUUGGAAAUUGAAAUUUCAGCUUCUGACUCGUUCUCUUCGAAGGCAAAAAUUCUACGCUUCCCAAUAGUUUUCUGAAGGUUUAGUUGUAAUACCGCCGUAAAAACUACUUUUCGAAGUAAAACCUUGGACCUCGCAGUCUCAAGACGUUACUGUUCCUAUCAUGACUACAAACAACUAAUUCGAAAUGCAAAUUCGAAAACAAACAUGAUUAAAAAGGUUGCAGUCAAUGGUAAUGCCACCAAUGUCACUAUGGAAUGUUGAAAAACAAAAGAGGGUGAAAAUUAGACGCAUUUUUCCUCAAUUUACUCUUGGAUCCCUUGAGGAAUCCUCUCCGAUGUAAAAAUAACCCGUUUAUAGGUCCAUCAGCCCCGGGAUGCGAGAUCAAGCAUGGACUUAUUCUGAAAAAGAGCUAUGAUCUAAAUAGCUUUCUUUUAAUGGUCACAUGGCCAAUUCCUCCAUUAAAAGUAAACUUAGUUCAGUGUAGCACCUUUCCUCCACGCAGGUACAUAUUUCCAACCAUUUUAUCUGCCCUACAUUUUGAAACCCCUUUUAUGGUGUAGUUCAGUCUAAAAAAAUAGAAAGCGAACAAAAGCUAUCGGCUCGCCUUUCACCUUGGUGCGCAUUACAUUCUCCUUGCAAUGCGCGACAGGGGACGAAGGUUUUAGACAGAAUGACAUAUCCUACCACUUUUCGCCAGUUUACUAAGUUACUUAGGUGUAACAGUGGUAUAGCAGAGUGAUUUUGCUUUAUCUGUCAUUAUAGCCUAGCAACUGUAAUCUUUAUACUAAGAAUGAGUCGAUUUAAAUUUAGGGAGACAGCAAAUCAAAAAAUAAGAUUAUUAAUUUUGAGUCUUUAUCAAUUCAUGCUGUUUUAACUCGAGAAUCCUCUUUUUAAACAACACCAAAUUCCCGGCUGAGUAGUGUUACAGCUGUUUCACACGGUGCCAAAAGUUGUCUUUUGUCUAAUAUCACCCGUAGGUGUUCACGAUAAUAUUUGUGGCAGAGAUGAUAUGGAAAGUUAUCGCCUUUGGACCAGUUGGUUACGUUAAGAGCAGGUGGAAUAUCCUAGACGCCUUUAUUGUGAUCGCAAGUGUUGCUGGGUAUUUAACAGAGUCGGGUGGAAGCUUCAGUAUCUUCCGUAGCUUGAGGCUGGUAUGUCUUGCUUUGUAACAGUUUAAACGCGUUCAAAUGCGCUGUGAAAUGACUAAGAUUACAGAGGGAGAGUGCCCUGGUCAAACAUUGAACUUCUCAUGUGAGGAAAUAUUCUCGUAUCUAGAUCUGACUACGAGGUUAGUGACAAGCCUGAUCGCGGAGGUNAAUUUACUCUUGGAUCCCUUGAGGAAUCCUCUCCGAUGUAAAAAUAACCCGUUUAUAGGUCCAUCAGCCCCGGGAUGCGAGAUCAAGCAUGGACUUAUUCUGAAAAAGAGCUAUGAUCUAAAUAGCUUUCUUUUAAUGGUCACAUGGCCAAUUCCUCCAUUAAAAGUAAACUUAGUUCAGUGUAGCACCUUUCCUCCACGCAGGUACAUAUUUCCAACCAUUUUAUCUGCCCUACAUUUUGAAACCCCUUUUAUGGUGUAGUUCAGUCUAAAAAAAUAGAAAGCGAACAAAAGCUAUCGGCUCGCCUUUCACCUUGGUGCGCAUUACAUUCUCCUUGCAAUGCGCGACAGGGGACGAAGGUUUUAGACAGAAUGACAUAUCCUACCACUUUUCGCCAGUUUACUAAGUUACUUAGGUGUAACAGUGGUAUAGCAGAGUGAUUUUGCUUUAUCUGUCAUUAUAGCCUAGCAACUGUAAUCUUUAUACUAAGAAUGAGUCGAUUUAAAUUUAGGGAGACAGCAAAUCAAAAAAUAAGAUUAUUAAUUUUGAGUCUUUAUCAAUUCAUGCUGUUUUAACUCGAGAAUCCUCUUUUUAAACAACACCAAAUUCCCGGCUGAGUAGUGUUACAGCUGUUUCACACGGUGCCAAAAGUUGUCUUUUGUCUAAUAUCACCCGUAGGUGUUCACGAUAAUAUUUGUGGCAGAGAUGAUAUGGAAAGUUAUCGCCUUUGGACCAGUUGGUUACGUAAAGAGCAGGUGGAAUAUCCUAGACGCCUUUAUUGUGAUCGCAAGUGUUGCUGGGUAUUUAACAGAGUCGGGUGGAAGCUUCAGUAUCUUCCGUAGCUUGAGGCUGGUAUGUCUUGCUUUGUAACAGUUUAAACGCGUUCAAAUGCGCUGUGAAAUGACUAAGAUUACAGAGGGAGAGUGCCCUGGUCAAACAUUGAACUUCUCAUGUGAGGAAAUAUUCUCGUAUCUAGAUCUGACUACGAGGUUAGUGACAAGCCUGAUCGCGGAGGUCAGCUAUUAGCCAUUUAUUCUCCUGUUCCCAGUUCCAGUUCCAGAAGUCUUUGCGAAAGCUUACUAGGCCUAGUUCCCUUCUUAUUUCUAAAGCGGCGAUUUAGGCAACACCAAGAAACGCUCUUAUUUUCCUCCCCUUUUUUUCUUUUCAGUUUCGAGUUCUUAACCUCGCACAGUCCUGGAAAACAAUGGCCAAACUAGUGACGGCCAUAACGAAAAGCGUAGGACCUGUUGGAAACAUUACUCUGAUUCUUGGAGUCAUUAUAUACAUAUUUGCUGUGGUAGGAAUAAAGGUGUUUGGUGACGCUUACACGAUAGAUAAGUUUGGAACUGAUGGAGUGCCACGCUGGAACUUCAAUGACUUUUGGCACGCGUUUAUGAUGAUGUUCAGAGUGCUGUGCGGGGAAUGGAUCGAGCCACUCUGGGAUUGCAUGAGAGCCACCAAUCCUAUGGCUAUUUUGUUCUUUUUGCCCGCUUUUGUUAUCGGAAAUUUUAUCGUAAGUAUUACAGAGACAUUAAACCUGUUAUUCCAAAAACGUUCAUUUAUAAGACUGCAUGGCUGUUUUCAAGUAAACAGGGUUUAAACAGGCUUAGUUUCUAGCAAGAAGGAACAAAAAAAUUCAGCACACCCAAAACACUACCAAGCUCAGCGGUAUGGGCAGUACAUUACGCAUGCGCACAAAGGACAGGCGCAGCCAUCGACUACUGAUCUCCCCCUGUUAGGAGCCGUCAGCAUGACUAGCCUCAUCUGUAGCCUGGUCCGAGGCGAAUGGUUCUAACUUGUAAUCACAGAUCCCAAAGUUUGCUGUGAUCUUAUCAAGAGCACCAAAAUUCAAAAGAGAGCAAAAGAUGACCGCUACUUUGACUACUAGGAAAUUUGCAUGAGAGCUACAUUGGAGCAAAUAGUCUUUAAAAUAAGCUUUCACUUCUACAUCUAAACUAAUAACCCCCGAAAGAGUCAAGCUAGUCCGACACCAAUGAUAUCAUAAAUGGUCUGAAAUCAUUGAACAGAGAAGCAAAUCGUCUGGAGGGAAUAGUAAUGUCCGUUGUCGUUUCACCUACCGGGAUAAUAGCCGGAUAAACACCUACCGAGGGGAUUAAAAACUCUGGAGACGCUCACAUUUAUGUUUCUCAAUUCAGGUACUUAACCUUUUCAUCGCCCUUCUGCUGAGCGCUUUUGACACCGAAGACGACGACAAUAACGUAGACGAAGAUGAAGGGAACAAUUCGAGACUGAAGAAGCUUAUAAAGAGGUUCACCAAGACCAAAAAGACACGCUUAUUUGUGGCUACGUUUAAAGAACGAUACAAACUGUAUGAAGUGCAGCUGCUUGAGAGUAACCUGGCAGCCCAGGGGACCCCUCUGAGGAAACCUUACCGUGGGGGUUCAGUCAGAACAUUCGGGAGCUUUCAGGAGGGUGUGUAUGAUUAUAAAAUAUAAAUGUCUGAAUAGAGCGAUUUCACAUGACGUCACGUCCGCCUGGUGUUCCAAACCAAUGAAAAGGUGGCCAUGUUGGUGUUUUAAACCAGUCCCGUGGUUCUUUUGUUCCAAUAAAUUUUCAUAGCUGGUGGCCAAGCGAGUAAAAGGCUCUAUUUUUCAUUUUUACGCUUUAGAAACAGUCGACCUUGUGCGAUGAGGUAUAAUUGUUCUAAUGAUAUAAAUACAUUUUUUACUAAGAAUAAACAACACGAAACAAUGGUCAAUUUCAACUUCGUUCAGACGAGAAAGCGUCAUGUAGAAAAUUGCUACAUAAUAUCUAAAGUAUGCUAGCCGAAUUUCUCAUCCCAGUUUAUUANAUAAAUUUUCAUAGCUGGUGGCCAAGCGAGUAAAAGGCUCUAUUUUUCAUUUUUACGCUUUAGAAACAGUCGACCUUGUGCGAUGAGGUAUAAUUGUUCUAAUGAUAUAAAUACAUUUUUUACUAAGAAUAAACAACACGAAACAAUGGUCAAUUUCAACUUCGUUCAGACGAGAAAGCGUCAUGUAGAAAAUUGCUACAUAAUAUCUAAAGUAUGCUAGCCGAAUUUCUCAUCCCAGUUUAUUACGCACUCCUCUUAGGUCGAGGAGAAAUAGUAUCCACUGUUAGCCAGUCUCCCAAAGGAAUUCCUCCGAAGUACAUCGUUGAAGUAGACGACUGUUUGCCCGAGUGUUGUAUGUUGCCUGUGUUCUCAAGGCAGCACUUUAAAUGGCUAAAGUUCAGAUGUAGCAUUAGAUGUCUUGUGGAACACAAGUACUUGGAGUGGUUCAUUCUCUUCACAGUCAUGUUCAGUAGCUUCGUUCUGGUAAGAAAAAAAAUGAAUCUUAUUUUGCAUUUCUUGCCUAGAAAGAAGGACCUGUGUAUAGGAAUUGCGGCAAAUGAACUGAUCACGAGUUUCCUUAGGGUGUUAGAAUUGACAGGAACUGAUAUAUUUUUUAAGAAAAGCAAUGAUUCAAAUCAUUAUUAUUUUUUAAUUUUUAAUCCAGUAUUGUUUUCUCAAGGGGAUUUACCAUAUUCCCAUGAAAAGUUCAUAAGAAUUUAAUUUGAUGUAAGGUCAGUGGACUUCGCAAACAUUUUUUUUGUUGAGAAUUGUAACAGUUGAGCGUUCUUUCCAUAGUCAUUCACUAAAGAAAACGAAACGAGAUUGUGUUGUCUUACCUUAACGAAGAUAUCAUUUCAAAGGAAUGACAUGAAAUAUGUUCUGUUCCAAAUGCUAAGCGGUAUUGCUGGGCGGAAGGACUGCCAAAGCCUUUAGUGAGGCUUAUUAAAGUCAGUCUGAGAUUGAUCCUUAACUCAAAGUCCUUUCUAUACUCAUCUUUCAGUGUUAUCUCUCCGAGUUGAAAGAUAAGCGUGCUUUGUUUGUUUUCCUAGGUGUUUGAAGACAUCCACCUGCCCGAAAGACCACUGCUUGAAAAAGCUCUAGGGAUUCUCAAUUAUUUCUUCGCUGCCGUUUUCUCGCUGGAAUUUCUUCUUAAGGUCAUCGGCUUUGGCGUUGUUAAGUACUUCUCUUCAGUAUGGAAUUGUUUGGACGCUUUCAUUGUAGCGGUAAGCAACUGAAUAACUGGAAAAAUAUGUUUGUCAUAUCACUGAUCUGUUACAAGGAAAUAGCUCUCGCGUAGCAAAUCUUUAUGUGCUUUUAGACCGUACCGGAAAAUUGUCAAUACAUUAAAUAGAUUCUCUGUACAGGUAACUGGAUCCUAUGUUUUUCAUUAUUUCCUCAGAUCUCGCUUGCUUGCUUGUCAGAGAACAAACAAUUGUCGGUAUUUCGAUCUCUUCGGACGUUACGAGCCCUGCGACCUCUCCGUGCCAUAUCCCGGAUGGAGGGAAUGAAGGUACAGAACUGAAAUUAUCAGUAAUGUAUUUCUUUUGACUCGGUCGGUUGAUCUUCUUGGAAGAAGCCCAUUACAUCGUAGCAAGUUUAGCAAUCGCAGAUGAUAUAGCAGAAGAGUAUUCAACUGGUUGAAUAAAAAAAUUAUAAAAGCGAGGACCAAGGACUCUAAAAGAUCUACUCCCAUAAUACAUGUCGCGGACAUUUGUGCACACAGUGAAUUUCGACCAGGGAAAAGAUUUCUAAAAAUAGACUGAAAGUUUUACAUAAUGUGACAUUUAUUGGUAGCAGAUGGAGACUCCGAUGUGAUGGGCUCCGGACUAAAUAAACCACUGUAAUGAUAACCCUAAACUUAGGUGAAAAAUGUUUCUCAGAUCAAUUUUUAAACUCAUUCACAUCAUUUUUCCACACUCAGGUUGUCAUCAACGCGUUGUUCGCGGCCAUUCCAGGCAUCGGGAAUGUCCUUGUUGUAUCUCUACUGUUCUGGUUGAUAUUUAGCAUUCUCGGUGUUCAACUGUUCUCUGGAAAAUUUCAAUCAUGCGUCGAUAACGAUGGGGAAAGGUUACCAGCCAGCCUUGUUCCAAACAAAACAGAAUGUCUUCGCUUUCCUGAGAAAUACACUUGGAGGAAUUCGGAUGUAAAUUUUGAUAAUGUUCUCAACGGCUUCCUCACGCUUUUCCAAGUGGUAAGUUAUUUGUUUUACAUACAUGAUCCAUGCUGAUCCAUUCUUUUAUAGGCUUGUGUCGAAAGAAAAGAUCCUGAGCACCUAGUUAUCAUAAAUAUCCUCCUUUGUUACGUGGGUAUCAGUAUAGUUCACCGAAGAAUUCAGACUUCGCCAACUUUAAUGCCUGAAAACUGCACCUAGAGUAUUAUUAUUAUUAUUAUUAUCCUUAUUACUCUUUUGCUAACGCUCAUUGAUUAAGACAUGAUUACAUUUAUCAAGCACUGUGUAGAGUGAACUUUCUGGACUCAAACGAAAAAAGAACCAGUAAAUUGAUGUUCCCUAGCAUUUCAAUACUAAAUUAACUUAACAGCGAGAUUGGUCUUGGUUUUAGGCAACGUUUGAAGGGUGGAUUGAUAUCAUGCACAUGGCAGUUGAUUCAACUAAGGUAAACUCGUACACUUGUAUUAGAAGAGAGUUAUGUUUCUGAGUAAGUCUCACAGACACUGCCUGAACCGACACUAAGCGUCUGCCGCGUAAGAGACAGUAAAAAAGAAAUGAACGGAAAGGAAAAGGAAAUAUCUUAGCCGUGGUGAAGAGGAACCAACUUAGCCUGCGAGCAAGCUCUCUUAUUUGGGCAAGCGAAGCGAGCCUCGCGAGAACGCGCGAGCGAGGGGCCUUUUAUUCUGCCCCUCGCGGCUUCGCCGCUCGCUCGCGCGUUCUCGGGAGGCUCGUUUCACUCGCCCAAAUAGGAGAGCUUCCUCGCAGGCGAGAACCAACUCUACGAAUAUUUUGUAAAGAGGUGAAAAAACAGCCGACAUUUCGCGACGCCACCACCGGUUUAAUUUCCCAGCGAAAUGACGUCUGGGCAGUGAAGCAAAUUUUCCUCUCGCAUUACCCAGUCACACGUCAUCAGUAUACUUCUAAAAGGGUUGUUUACGAAGAGAAUGGAGAUCGUUUGAAUUACUUGGAAGAAUAGAAUUAUGCAUAGUGUAAAUACAUAUCUCUUCUUUGUAUCAUUGAAACUUGAGCAAAGGGUUCGUUCUAUGCAUUUAUUUCAUCAGGUUGACCAGCAACCCGUCGACGACAACAACAUGAUCGCGUACAUUUACUUUGUAGCUUUCAUCAUCCUCGGAUCUUUCUUUGUUCUCAACCUGUUCGUUGGUGUUGUCAUUGAUAACUUUAACUCUCUAAAGAAAAAGGUAAAAACUCAUACAGCUUGUUUGGGGAAGUUAUAAAGUCGAAAGGAUCUUUAAAUUUUCCAUGUUUUCUAAUUUUUUUUUUAACCUUAAAACGGGUUGCAGUUAAGAGAUCAUAUCUCCCGAAAGGGUUUCAGUUAGAUUUCCGGAUCAGGUUGGGAAAAAAAUGGGAAGAAAGGAAGGGGGAGGGAAAUUGUGUAAAUUACAUAGCGGCUCUGACGAUGAAAAUUGGCGAGCAAGAUCGAGAUAAAUCCAUCAUGGCUGGUAAAAAGUUGUGAUUGGCCAGUGUAAUUAUUUUGAUUUUGAUAAUGAGUUACUCAAUCGAAAAAAAAAAACGUUUAUUACUAAAUAUUUCAGUAUGAAGAAAUAAGCAGUAUGGGAAUGCUUCUGACGGAAUCACAAAGAAAGUGGGUCAAUUUUUUAAAGGAAGCAGCUAAGAAGAAACCAGUAUCAAAAGGAAUAAGACCAAAGGUAGGGUAUUAAUGAAGUUAUAGCGUUUAAGCAAAGGCGUUUUUGAGCGACGUACGUCUAACGGAAGUGAAGCCUUUUCCCCCAUAGUAUGCCUUGACGAUGCCAAAUUUGUAUUGCUUAAUGUCUUUACUCUUAUAGAGACGAUCUGGCCAAAAAUGUGGGCAAAACUACUUUCCGAGAAUACAAAAGUCCAAUUCCGGUUGAGGUGCCUCACUCAAAAACUAAAUCAGUACCGUCUAUUUAACGGUCAGUGACCACAAAACAAGCGGCAACCUCGAUGGGAGUAAAUGAGAACGAGUCUCGACGCAUUCUACCAUAUAAAACAUGUUUCCCCUUUACCCCAAGGUAGGGGAGAGAAUGGUCGUACCAAAUGAACGCUUGGUCUAGAAAUGACCGGAAAAUUCUCGUAGAAAACGCUAAUAAGAUCCUAGAAGGCCAGAGACCCAUUCGGGUUUACUUUGAAGACUUCAGGGAAUUUGUAAAAGAAAUAUAAUUUAAGUAAGUUUUUCAUUUCUUACUCCGGAUUUUCCGAGAAGAUGACUCGUUUCCUUAUUACCUGGAAAUUUCAUUUUUACUAAUCUGAAUCCAGAUUUAUCGUUUUCUAUCUAAAAACUGCUUGCACCCACUUUGAGCUUAUGGAACUAACAGCAAUACUAUAACUAUAUAAUAAAUAUNGAUUUUCCGAGAAGAUGACUCGUUUCCUUAUUACCUGGAAAUUUCAUUUUUACUAAUCUGAAUCCAGAUUUAUCGUUUUCUAUCUAAAAACUGCUUGCACCCACUUUGAGCUUAUGGAACUAACAGCAAUACUAUAACUAUAUAAUAAAUAUAACAGCAGGAUAAUGGAUACCUCCUUUCUUUUUCUAAAGGAUCGAUUUCGCAGUAUGUUAUACGAUGUGGUAACAGGAGAUAAGUUUGAAAUGGUCAUUCUUACAGUUAUCAUGUGCAACAUGGUAAUGAUGACCAUACAACACUAUGGACAGUCUACUCAGGUCUCCGACGUUCUUCAUAUCCUUUCUCACCAAUUACAUAAUGUUUAAUUAUGAACCGCGUAUAGAUCGUUUACAAAAGGUAACGGUGGCUCACCAUUAGAACCAAAAUGAUCCGGAUUGUCAUCAAUCCAAAACUAACCUUCCCUGGGGUAAACGCAUUGAAGAACUCUGAAAAAUCAAACCUGUCAUUUUGUGCUACAAACGGCGUUACAACGUGAUUGGAUAAACCAAAGCUUUACCAAACAAACAACAGAUGAUCAUCGACAAAAAAUGGAAUUUUUAACGUUUUUGAUUAAAUAAGAGGACAAGUGUUAACACAUAAAUAUUUUCAUUAGCUUCACAAGGUCUUCAUUUAUCGUUUGUAAUGUUUUCGUUUAUUUCUAACGAAUGUCAAAUGAUUAGAUUCCUUAACUUAAGCCUCGUAUGGUUAACACGAAUCUCAAACUGGGUGUUCACUGGGAUAUUUACUGCUGAAGCCAUAGUUAAACUGAUUGCUUUACGACAGCACUACUUCAAAAAGGCGUGGAAUGUAUUCGACUUUAUCAUAGUUGUGUCAUCUUUGAUUGGUAAGUAAUGCUAAUAAUAUUAUUCAUUUCUUCCACGAGAAAAUAAACGAAGCUCUUUUUUAAGUAUUUUAAGCUAUUAUGGGAAGUUUGACUCCCAAGCCCUCUUGUUUUCACAGGAGUAGUUCUUGACGAGAUCAGUUCAAAGGAUACAGUGGUCAAUCCUAGUCUCCUGAGAGUUAUGCGGAUCUUUAGAAUUGCCAGGUUACUAAGAGUCCUCGAAUUUGCCAAAGGAAUUCGCCAGUUACUUGUGGCAUUGAUGAUCUCUCUACCAGCAUUGUUCAACAUUGGCACCCUGUUGUUUUUGGUCAUUUUCAUCUACGCUAUCAUUGGCAUGUCAGCAUUCGGUAGAGUAAAGAAAGAAGGAAACAACUUGGAUGACAUCGUCAAUUUUGAAACCUUCGGCAAUUCAAUGAUGCUGCUGUUUCGUCUGUCUACGGGUUCAGGCUGGAAUGACGUCGUAAGUUCAUUGUCUAUUCAACCGCCGAAUUGUGACCCAGGUUACCAUGGAUACCCGAAAGGUAACUGUGGCUCGCCAUUUGGAGCGGCCGCUUAUCUAAUCAGCUACAUUGUCAUUGUGUUCAUGAUAAUUGUCAACAUGUACAUCGCUGUUAUUUUAGAAAACGUGAAUCGCGCUCAUGAGAAUGACGAUUUUGCCAUCACUAAGGAAGACUUUGACGGUUACUACCGUAAAUGGGCAGCGUUUGUGCCGAAUGGGAAACAAUUCAUCCCUCUCGAUCAACUGUCUGAUUUUGUUGAUGGACUGGAAAAACCGUUCAGGGUGUCCAAACCCAACGAAGCUCGCUUGAGGCAGUUGGACAUCACGAUACGUGCAGGGGAACUUAUUCACUGUUUCGAUCUUCUUAAGGCGCUGGUGCGAUCCACUUUAGAAGAGCAUGGAGAAUCCCCGGAUGUGUUUGAGGAGAUUACAGUAAGAAUGGAGGCAGAAUUUACCAAGUCUAUUGGACGAAAGCAUUCCAUUGCUAUACUUGGCUCUACACAGACGAAAUUCAAAUGCGAUGAGCCAAAUGAAGUGGCAUUGUAG